UAUAAGUAUAGGCCUAUUUAAUCUUUUUUUUGUUUUACUUGUUUUAAAAUCGAAGCUCAAACAGGGUAUUAUGAACAUAUGUUAUUCAUUUUAAUGUGAAUUUUGUCCGUCUUUUAUUUAUCCGCAGUUGAAGAAUUGUGUUUUGCAUUUUGUUGCACUUGUGAGAGGAUCCUUCAAGAGCCACGAGUUGGGAUUAUGAGGAAAUACAUUUUCAAAAACAAGGGACAUGAGCUCACACCCUGCCUCCCUUGCUUGUUGUGGUUCUAUUGGACUUUUAAAAAAAAUGUUAUUUAUUUUGUUUGGUGUUAAGAUGAAAGCGUCCUUUAGUAUUAUUUGACACCUCUGCGAUCUUUGUGUGGGGACAAGGUUGGUCGGAAGCUAGCCCCACGGCCCUUCACCAGCCCUUACAUGUAGUCAGAAGCUCCCCAGCAGCAUCAUGUUGCCAUUAGGCUAUGUUUCCGUUUCUUCUUCUUCAAGGAGGUGUUUUAUUUUCUCAGCGAAUGUAAAUCAAUCAGUCAUGCAAUAACGGUGGAAAGAAGGACAAACAUUAGCAUUUUCCUUUCUUGAAGAAAAAAAGAUCAUCAAUUUACUUUUUUUCGAUGCCAUACAUUCCUCGCUGCUCCAAUUCGAAGAAAUAAAUAAAAAUAAUUGAAAUAUAAUUUCAGCCAACCUCGUACUUUUAAUUUAGACACAACAGAAACAUUUCACACGAUCACAAAAUGAAAUACAAGACAGUUUCCUAAAUAAUAAUGUUUAAAUACUUUUCUAGUUUUCCAAUUAUUACAUUUAGUUAUUGCUGUUAUAUAUUUCAAGACUGUAUACAAUUGUCAAGGUGAUAACAAUAAAAGAGAAAACAUGUUUUUAGACAUUGGAAAAAAGAAUACAAUUUGAAUAGUUUAAUAAACCAUUGAUCCUAAUUGAUACUAUUUAUACAUCUGUAUAAUAUCUAUGCAUCCAAAAACACAUGAAACCAGUCGCCACAUUUAAUAUUCAAUCACCGAAAAGGAAAUGGUUGCAUAUUUAGUCAAUAUUGAAUUAAAGCUUGUUUUUCUCUCUCCUCCUCUUGAUUCGACGUGAAGAAAAGUCUCGGGUGGCCUUUUCACCUCCUCUCAUCUGCGUGGGCACAUCCAUAUUAAUAAAAAUGUCACACUGGCCCUUCUGGAGAUUCUGCAAGAAGACAACAAGCUAAAUGAGAAAUCGUUAUAAAAAAAUAUUCCCUGAUAUGUGCAGUCAGUCAAAUGCGUUCAGAGAGGAUAUAGAAGAUAAAGCAGAAUCGUAACGGGGCUUAUUUGUGUCAUUAUAUUACACAUUUGCAGAUGCCAGCGUGAAGCCGCUCAACGCGUCUCGUGGAUGAAUACAGCAAAAACAGCAAAGCAAAUUAUUAGUGUAAAGCUGAACAAUGGGUUUGAAUCCCGUCUGGUCUAUUUUGUUCAGAUGAAAGGCCCGCAGACAAAUUAUUAUACUUAGUGUUAUCUAUUUAAAAAAAUUGAAUUCCCUAUUCAUUGUUUGCAGUAAUUCAAAGCAUUGAUGGAAAAAAAUACACCCAAAAUACCUGUUUUGUAUAUCUGCCUUUUUUUUAUUUAUUUUUUUACCAUGCAUGACUUUUCUCUUGAAACAAAACCUUUUCCUACCAUGUUUACUUUGUGUGCGUAUGCCUUUAUGUAACUGCAGUAUAGUUUGGUCUCAUCUGCCCCAUAAAUACUGUUCAGCACUACAUCUGAUUGAUAUAAGAGGGCAAUGACAUUAGUAACCCUGACAUAUGGUUAGCAGGGAAACCUAGAACAAUUGAACCAUGCAUGGUGUGUCCCAGUAAAGAAAAAAAACGGAUGCACUGAGUAUUCCUGCAUCCAACACACACACACGCGCACACAUGCACACGCAUGCACAGCAAGACGCUGAUUUGACCCAUAUGCGCAUGCAGGUAGCACAUAAAUAACGUUUUAACUAAGAUAAGGUGCAUAUUUCUUUCAUUGCAUUACAAACCGUGGGAAAGUGAUCUUAAAUCAAUCCUGCUGUAAAGACAAGUGUGUGGGACAUACUGGGCUCCACUAAAUGCCGCCACCCACUCCUUUCCUUGCACACAAAGCCUGCGCGUAAUUCCCCCCCCCCCCAAAAAGCCAUCCAUCUCUUCCCCUAGCAACUCCUUCCUACAUCACACGCUCUGGUCCGCUCACAAACCUGCAGCUCUACCAAAACGACCAAAAAUGCGUGUCUUUUUUUGUAAAUGCGAUCACAAUUCAAAAAGAUAAAAGCCAGGUGGAGAAGCUGCUUCGCCCUACUCACCGUUGGCGCAUUACCGCCUCCACAAAAAAGGAAAUGGUCGCAUCUUGUGUCGAUGGAUUCUUAUUUAUCUUAUAAAAGAUCCCUCCAGCGACAGCCAGACUACAACUGCGAGCAGAGACUGGUUCUAAUCUGAGUGGCCGCAGUGUUUCUCGCCGCUUCCUGGCUGCAUUUGAUCCGGGGGAGAGUUAGAAGCCUUAAAUGUGUUGUGAGGGCACCGAGCUGUCAGACCUUUUGGCGAGUAAGAUUGAUCGCGCACAGGCUUCCAGGACUCUUUGUUUGGUAUAUAAGCAACAAACCGAGAGAGGCCUACCACUUCUCUUCUUCCCCUCUCUUAGUCACCGUCAUAUAUUUUUUAAAUGAAAAUACAUGUACUGCUUGACGAAAAACAUCCCAAAUGUGUCUCUCGCAGAUUAUUCCGGAAGGGCUAUGAAACAAAACACUGCAGGUUAUCGCCCUUCAAUAACAAUUAUAUUUACACAAUAACACUGCAAAUGGAUUCAUUGCAACUGGUCGAUUCUAAACUUGUUUAGCUUUAUUACAAAAAUGUAUUGAUACUGGAAAUACAGUGAGAUGUUUUCCCCCAGCAUUGCAUUUAAUCCCAUUAAUCCCUCCCAGUCUCGUGGUUGUAUGUCCACUAUUAACAUGAAUAUGCAUCCUUAACAUUAGGAACAUAUUUAAAAUAAUUAUAAUUAUAGCAUACUUUGGUUAUCGAAAACAGUGACUGUUACCAACCAUAACAUAAAUAAAUCGGGUUUGUAUAGCAUGGUGUUCUUUGUUGUGCACCUGCAUGACCUCGUUAUAAAAUCAACCUUUGUGGAAUAAACGAAACAUUGUAUGCUUUAAUAUACAUAUACAUAUAUAUAUAUAUAGAGGCCACAUACAUAGCCCAAAAUAAAACAAUGUUCAUGACUACACAUGCAUAGACUCAUGCGUGUGGGUCUUUUUUUCUUUUUCACAAGUUUCUGGACCUGAGCUUUAAAUGUUAAACAGCUGUUAUGGGAUGAAAUGGUCUGGACGUGUCAUACCCGUCACUAUUAACUUAAUGGAUGGGCUUUUUAUUGCUACACAUGUCGAUGGGUGCACUGCAUAUUUCAUUAUUAUGCGUCUUUAAAGAAUCACAUAUACUCUGGAGUCCACACUCACAGAACCGACUGGAUUAUUGGGGGUUGUCUCUGUCCAGUUCAGUCUCAAUAUCAGUUUUUGGUUUAUGGUGAUUUUUUUUCACCUCUGAAGUCUGACUCUUGCCUAUAUGAAUAGCCACUGGCGUGAAAUGUGUGAGUGUGAGUCUCUGUGUGCGUCUGUGUGUGUCUGUGGUGGGGGGCGUUCUCGACUGACAUCCUCAAACAAUACGAGAAAGAGGAGUGCACGAAUCCGCGCACCCUAUGCUGGUCUCCUUCCCUGUAAUAGUGAGCGUCAGCCAUUCUUAAAAAACACAUUUUGUAGCUUAGUGGACUGGACUGGAAGGGCGAGAGGAGGAUAAACUGAGACGACAAAGAUGUAAAUAAAAAACAGUCGUCCCCCAGCUGAUCGAGGCGUUCUUCAUCAGCGUUUUUGGAUCAAUCAGGCAGACAGUGGCUCCUUUUGAUUAAACUCCAAAUUGUCAUUGGGCAGAGGUAAUCAUGUGACAGGCAAUUCGGUCCAAUUUCAACCUUGUCUCCAUGAAUUCAAUAGUUUAAUAGUAGCUCGGUCCCCACACGGCCGUAAUCAGUGAUAUAGAAUAAAAAACACCACCAGGAUAUUUUUUAAUGACUUUUUUUUCCUCGUCCUCACUGAGCCGCAACAUUUAUAAAAAUACGCGUGCAAACUUUCCUCGGCUCUCAGGGAGCGGAGAUGAAUUACGAAUUCGAACGAGAGAGCGGUUUUAUCAAUAGUCAGCCGUCGCUUGCUGAGUGCCUGACAUCUUUCCCCCUUGUCGCUGAUUCAUUUCAAAGUUCAUCAAUCAAGUGCUCGACGCUUUCACGCCCGACACUGAUUCCUCCUCCCUUUGAGCAGACCAUUCCUAGCUUGAAUCCGGGCAGCCAUCCGCGGCACGACCGGCCCAGACACAGCCCCGACGGAUGCAGCUCGCUGCCCACCGCCUCCUUACCCCCGGAGUACCCCUGGAUGCGGGAGAAGAAAGCCUCCAAGAGGAACCACCUGCCAACAUCCACCGCUACCACCAUAUCCAAUGGACACGAGUGCUUUUCUCCAAAAGGCUCGCCUGAGAUUGUGGAGAGCGGUGGGGGAGGAGGGGGCUCCCGCCGGCUGAGGACAGCGUACACCAACACACAGCUGCUGGAGCUGGAGAAGGAGUUCCACUUCAACAAGUAUCUGUGCCGGCCGAGGAGAGUGGAAAUAGCGGCCCUGCUGGACCUGACGGAGAGGCAGGUCAAAGUGUGGUUCCAGAACCGGCGCAUGAAGCACAAGAGGCAGAACCAGAGCAAGGAGAACCACAACGGGGAGGGCAAAGGGCCGUGCCCAGAGGACGGCAUCCACAGCGACGAGGACGACGAGGGCCCCCUGUACGAGCGGAGCGGGGCCCUGCUGGAGAGAGAUACCUGCUCCUUUCAGAAUAACUCUCUCGGCUCCACGCAGCAGCUCCACAAUAGCGAGUCUAUGAGCUUUGCUGCUGCGCCGCUGAACAGCAAUGACAAAAAUCUCAAACAUUUUCCCAACCCGUCACCCACUGUUCUGAGCUGCAUGUCAACAAUGGGCCCAGGCUCGGCAUCUGGCCUGGACAAUGGCGACAGUCCCCCGGCCCUGGAUGUUUCUAUACACGAUUUUCAACCUUUCUCCUCGGAUUCCUGCCUACAGCUCUCCGAUGCAGCCUCUCCGAGUUUAUCGGAGUCUCUGGACAGCUCCGUGGACAUUUCUGCGGACAGCUUCUAUUUUUUCUCGGAGUCCCUAACUACAAUCGACCUGCAGCAUCUGAACUAUUAACUGAAAUCAAUCACAAAUGCUUCCUUUUUUCUUCUUCCUUUGGGACAAUAAAUAUCAGGUUUCGAUGCUAUUAACUCUGCUGUUAUUUGUAUAUUCGGCACAUUUAUUCUAUUGAUAUUUGACAUGACGAUUAAUAAGGUAAGGAUGAAAUUGAAUCACUGAAAUAGCUCUAAUCACACGUGGCUUGUAAUUUACAUAACAAAUUGUUCUCUCGGAAUGGAAAUUAUGAGUGUUUGUGAAUAAUUACACAAUAUUAGGCCUAUGGAACCUGGUCAUUUUAUUUUUGUAUAGCUUCCAAUGUCUUGGAUAUUUUUGUUAGAAUACAAUUAACUUGCUACAAUC